ACUCUUUGCAUCACCAGAAUCACUGAGACCCUUGCAGCGAGGUCUGAGCCGGACAACCCGAGAUGAAGCUCAUCAUCCCCGCACUGGUGUGCCUGCUGCUGGCAGGGAUGUGGUUACAGGAUGUGCACGCCAAGAGCAUGCACGUGCCAUCCUCCAAUUGCUGUUACAUGACAGUGAAGAGAAAGAUUUCUCCGAAGAAAAUCCUAUGUUACAAGCACAUCAGCUCCACCUGCUCCCACGAAAACCGUCUAAUAUUGAAGCUGACUGGAGGCCUAGAGGCUUGUGUCUUCCAAAAAGACUCAUGGGUUCAGGCUUAUUUAAAGAGGAUAAACCCCUGCCUGUGAAAGGAAAUGUGAACUGAUCCCUUCUCAUCCUGGACUCAGGACACCACGUGGCUUCACUUGUCUAACUUCACAUCAGUCCUUCUGCCCCAUCUUCACCGGGUCACUCCAAAGGGUCUGCUGGGUUCUAAUAAGCUAUGU